UGACCGUUCUAACCUACAAUAAUUUAAAGUUCUAACUUCUAACCUUGCAGAGAUGUUUGUGAAAAUUUUAAUGAAACAUGGUCAAUUUAAAAUAUUUUCACAAAGCAGAUAUUUUUCAAAUAGGAAUAUGCUGAAACUUAAAGAUCGUGGCAUGUUCCAAGAUAUUUUUCCCGAUAAUGCAGCAAAUGUCGUAACUGAUAUUUUCAAUUCCGGUUACCAGACUGUAUAUGCUGGAUUCGACCCAACCGCAAAUAGUUUACAUGUAGGAAAUUUGUUGGUACUUUUUAAUUUACUGCAUUGGCAAAGAGGAGGACAUAAGACUAUAGCUGUAAUUGGUGGAGGUACAGCAAAAAUAGGAGAUCCUAGUGGAAGAAAUACUGAACGUGAGCAAUUGUCAAGAUUAUCUAUAGAUGACAAUAUAGUGGGUGUAUGUGAAAAUAUAGAAACAGUAUUCCGCAAUCAUGAAAAGUACCUUUGGAAUGAAAAAGACCCUCUUAUACCAUUAAGGAUAGUCAACAAUGAGAGUUGGUACAGUCAAAUGAAUGCAAUUGAACUAAUUGCUGGAGCAGGGAGGUAUAUGAGAAUGGGAACAUUAAUGUCGAGAACUAGUGUACAAAACAGGCUACAGUCACAAGCAGGAAUGAGUUUUACGGAAUUCAGUUACCAGUUAUUUCAGGCUUAUGAUUGGCUACACUUGUUCAAAACGUAUGGUUGUUCCUUCCAGAUAGGUGGAAGUGACCAAAUGGGCAAUAUUAUGUCGGGUCAUGAACUAAUUAGUAAAGCCUGUGAAAAACCUGUAUAUGGUUUAACCCUUCCAUUGAUAACAACCGAAAUGGGAGACAAAUUUGGUAAAUCAGCCGGCAACGCCGUGUGGUUAUCCAGUGACAAAACAUCCUCGUUCACAUUCUACCAAUUUUGGAUGAGGCAGCCUGAUUCUGAAGUCGAAAAAUAUCUCAAAAUGUUCACUUUUGAUUCAUUAGGUGCUAUAUCUGACCUUAUGAGGCAACAUCGAGAAAAACCAGAGCUGCGACUGCCUCAGAAGAGACUUGCUGAGCAAGUGACACUUCUUGUACAUGGAAAAGAGGGUUUGAUAAAGGCCCAAAGAGCCACUAGAGCUCUAUAUGAGGGUAGUAUAAGUGCAUUAGGACAAAUAGAUGCAAAAGAUGUUUCCAGUUUGUUUGGGGGUGCAACAAUUGUUGAAGUCUUACCUGAAGCUGGACAGAGCAUUCUAGAACUGGCAAUGAAAGUGGGAUGUUUCCCAACAAAGGAGGAUGCAGUACGGAUCAUUUGUGCUGGAGGCUUCUACAUCAAUCAACAAAAGGCAAGUAAUCCAAGUGAAGUGAUUAAUAUCAAUGUUCACAGACUGGAAAAUAAUAUUUCUCUACUCAGGGUAGGCAAAAAAAAUUAUUAUCUAGUUAAAUGGCUGUCUUGAUAGAAAUUCUUAAUAUUUGUUUUAUUAUAUUUAUGAUAUAAAUAUUGGAAGAUCU